CCCGAGCAGCACCAACAACAGCUAAAGCUGUGAUGGCAAUAAGAACUAUAGCUGCAUCUUCAACAACCACAGCUGAUUCCACAACAACCAUAGCUGCUCCCACAACAAACACAACUGUGCCCAAAUCAACCACGGCUCCUCCAACAAUGACUACAGCUGCACACACAACAACCACAGAUGUACCAACGACAAAUAAAGCAGGGGCAACAAUCACAGCCAUCCUCACAACAACCACAUCUGCUCCCACAUCAACAGAUGUGACUACAAUAAAUACAGACGUCCCCACAACAAUCCCAGUUGCCGCAAAAACAACCACAGCUUUCCCCAUAAAAAACACAUAUGCUGCUACGACAACAACAGCUUCGGCUUCAACAACCACAGCCAUCCUCACAUCAAACACAGCUUCACCCACAACAACAAACACAGUUGCAGCUACGACAACUACAACUCUGCAUACAACAACCACAGCUGCACCCACAACAACAACAGCUGUCCACACAACAAACAUAGCUGCUAUGACAACAGCUGCGGCAACAACAAACGGAGCCGUGCCCACAACAACCACAGCUGCUCCCACAACAACCAAAGAUUUAACAACGACAACUACAGCUGGGGCAACAAUCACAGCCGUCCUCACACCAACCCCAGCUGCUGCCACAUCAACGACUGGGGCUACAACAACUUCAGCAGUCCCCACAACAAUUCCAGCUGCCACAGAAACAACCACAGAUUCCCCCAUAGCAACCACAUCUGCUGCUAUGACAACAGCAACUGCUGUUAUGACAACCACAACCACAACAACCGCAUAUGCUCCCACAACUACAGCUGACAAAACAACAACCACAUCAGCAGCCACAAAAACUAACAAAGCUGCGGCAACGUCAACUACAGCUACGUCUACAGCAACAACAGCUGCACCCAUAACAGCCACAGCUGCUAUGACAACAGCUGCUCCUACAACAACGACAGCUUUACCAACGACUAAUACUUCUGCGACGACAACAACCAUAUCUGCUCCCACAACAGCCACAGCUGCUCCCACAAUAACCACAGAGGCACCAACAACAUCUAAAGCAACCACAGCUGCUACAGCAGCUCCCACAACCACAUCUGCUGCUACAUCUUCAACAGCUGCGGCUCCAACCACCACAGCCAUCCCCACAACAACCAUAGCUGCACCCACAAAAACAAAUGCAGCUGCGGCUACGACAACUACAGCUAUGACUACAGCAACCACAGCUGCAUCCACAACAACCACAGCUGCUCCCACAACAAUCAUAACUGCUAUGACAACAGCUGCUCCUACAGUAACGACAGCUUUACCAACUACUAAUACUGAUGCGACGACAACAACCGCAACCGUCCCCCCAACAACCACAGCUGCUCAAACAACGACCACAGUUUCUCUAACAAACACCACAGCUGCUACCACAAGUACCACAGAGGCACCAACGGCAACUACUUCUAGAGCAACAAUCAAAGACGUCCCCACAACAACCACAGCUGAUUCCACAACAACCACAGCUGCUCCCACAACAAACACAACUGUGCCCAAAUCAACCACAGCUCCUCCAACAAUAACCACAGCUGCUCCCACAACAACCACUGAUGUAUCAACAACAACUAAAGCAGGGGCAACAAUCCCAGCAGUCUUCACAACAACCACAGCUGCUGCCACAUCAACAGCUGUGACUACAAUAACUACAGACGUCCCCACAACAAUCCCAGUUGCGGCAAAAACAACCACAGCUUCCCCUAUAACAACCACAUCUGCUGCUACGACAACAACAGCUUCAGCUACAACAAUCACAGCUUCACCCACAACAACAAACACAGUUGUGGCUACGACAACUACAGCUCUGCAUACAACAACCACAGUUGCACCUACAACAACAACAGCUGUCCACACAACAAACAUAGCUGCUAUGACAGCAGCUGCGGCAACAACAACCGGAGCCAUGCCCACAACAACCACAACUGCUCCUACAACAACCACAGCUGCUCCAUCAAUAACCACAGAUUCACCAACAACAUCUAAAGCAGGGGUUACAACAACCACAGCUGCUACAGCAGCUCCCACAACCACAUCUGCUACAACAACAACAACAGCUGCACCGAUAACAGCCACAGCUGCUCCCACAACAAACAUAGUGGCUGCUAUGACAACAGCUGUGGCAACAAUAAGUGAAGCUGUACCCACAAAAACCACAAAUGAUGUUACAACAACAAAAUAUUUACCAACGACUAAUACUGCGGAGACGACAACAACCAUAGCUGCACCCACAACAACCACAUUGGCUAUGGCAACAACCACACCUGCUGCCACAUCAACAGAUGUGGCUACAACAACUACAGCUGUGACUACAACAACAACAGCUGCUCCCACAACAAACACAGUUUCUCUGACAAACACCACAGCUGCAACCACAACCACAGAGGCACCGACGGCAACUACAGCUGGAGCAACAAUCACAAACAUCCCCACAACAACCACAGCUGCUCCCACAACAAACAUAGUGGCUGCUAUGACAACAGCUGCGGCAACAACAAGUGAAGCCGUACCCACAACAACCACAACAGCUCCUACAACAACGACAGCUUUACCAACGACUAACACUGGUGCAACGACAACAGACACAGCUGCUCCCACAACAACCACAGCUGCUCCCACAACAACCACAGCUGCUGCCACAACAACCACAGCUGCACCCACAACAAUUACAGCUGCUCCCACAACAACCCGAGCAGCACCAACAACAGCUAAAGCUGUGAUGGCAAUAAGAACUAUAGCUGCAUCUCCAACAACCACAGGUGAUUCCACAAUGACAGCAGCUGCUCCCACAACAAACACAACUGUGCCCAAAUCAACCACAGCUCCUCCAACAAUAACUACAGCUGCUCCCACAACAACCACAGAUGUACCAACGACAAAUAAAGCAGGGGCAACAAUCACAGCCGUCUUCACAACAACCACAUCUGCUGCCACAUCAACAGCUGUGACUACAAUAACUACAGACGUCCCCACAACAAUCCCAGUUGCCGCAAAAACAACCACAGCUUUCCCCAUAACAACCACAUCUGCUGCUACGACAACAACAGCUUCAGCUACAACAAUCACAGCUUCACCCACAACAACAAACACAGUUGUGGCAACGACAACAAACACAGUUGCGGGUAAGACAACUACAGCUCUGCAUACAAAAACCACAGCUGCACCUACAACAACAACAGCUGUCCACACAACAAACAUAGCUGAAAUGACAGCAGCUGCUGCAACAACAACCGGAGCCAUGCCCACAACAACCACAACUGCUCCUACAACAACCACAGCUGCUCCAUCAAUAACCACAGAUUCACCAACAACAUCUAAAGCAGGGGUUACAACAACCACAGAUGCUACAGCAGCUCCCACAACCACAUCUGCUGCUACAUCAACAACAGCUGCGGCUCCAACAACCACAGCCAUCCCCACAACAACCACAGCUGUACCCACAAAAACAAAUACAGCAACCAGAGCUGCAACCACAAUAACCAGAGCUGCUCUCACAACAAUCAUAGCUGCUUUGACAACAGCUGCUCCUACAAGAACGACAACUUUACCAACUACUAAUACUGAUGCGAUGACAACAACCACAGCUGCUCCCACAACAACCACAGCUUCACCCAAAACAACCACAACUGCUCCCACAAUAACCACAUAUGCACCAACAACAACUACAGCUGGGGCAACAACCACAACCGUCCCCCCAACAUCCACAGCUGCUCAAACAACAAACACAGCUUCUCUAACAAACACCACAUCUGCUACCACAACAACCACAGAGGCACCAAUGGCAACUACUGCUGGAGCAACAUUCACAGACGUCCCCACAACAACCACAACUGAAUUAACAACAUCCACAGCUGCUCUCCCAACAACCAUAGCUGCUGCUAUGACAACAGCUGUGGCAACAACAACGGAAGCCGUACCCACAAUAACCACAACUGCUCCUACAACAACAUCUAAUACUGCUGAGACGACAACAACCACAGCUUCACCCACAACAACCACAUUGGCUAGAGCAACAACCACGCAUGCUGCCACAUCAACAGCUGCGGCUACGACAAAUGCAGUUGUAACUACAACAACAGCAGCACCCAUAACAGCCACUGUGCCCAAAUCAAAUACAGCUCCUCUGACAAUAACCACAGCUGCUCCCACAACAACCAAAUAUUUAACAAUGACAACUACAGCUGGGGAAACAAUCAUAACCGUCCUCACAACAACCACAGCUGCUGCCACAUCAACAGCUGGGGCUACAACAACUAUGGCCAUCCCCACAACAAUCCCAGCUGCACCCACAACAAAUAAAGCUGCGAUUGCAACUACAGCUGCACCUUCAAUAACCACAGCUGCUCCCACAACAACCAUAACUGCACCCACAACAACGACAGCUGCUCCCACAACAACAGCUGACACCACAACAACCACAUCAGCACCAACGACAUCUAAAGCAGGGGCUACAGCAACCACAGCUGUCCCCACAACAAUUACAGCUACUACAGCAGCUCACACAGCCACAUCUGCUUCUACAUUAACAACAGCUACGGCUACAACAACCACAGCCAUCCACACAACAACCACAGCUGCACCUUCAACAACCACAGCUGCUCACACAAAAACCACAGCUGCUCCCACAUCAACCAUAGCUGCUGCUAUGACAACAGCUGUGGGAACAACAACCAAAGCCGUGCCCACAACAACCACAACUGAUCCUACAACAAUGACAGCUUUACCAACGACUAAUACUGGUGCACCGACAACAGACACAGCUGCUCCGACAGCAACCACAGCUGAACCCACAAAAACAAAUACAGCUGCGGUUAAGACAACUACAGCUAUGUCUACAACAACCACAGCUGCACCCACAAUUACCACAGCUGCUCCCACAACAAUCAUUGCCUCUGCUAUGACAACAGCUGCUCCAACAACAACGACAGCUUUACCAACAACUAAUACUGCUGCGACGACAAAAACCACAGCUUCUCCCACAACAACCACAGCUGCUCCCACAAACAAAAACACAGCUGCGGCUAUGACAACUACAGCUAUGUCUACAACAACCUUAGCUGCACCCACAACAACCACAGCUGCACCCACAACAAUCACAGCUGCUGCUAUGACAUCAGCUGCUACUACAACAAAGGCAACUUUACCAAUGACUAAUACUGCUGUGACGACAACAAACACAGCUGCUCCCACAACAACCACAGUCAUCCCCACAACAAACACAGCUGCUCCCACAACAAACACAGCUUCUCUCACAAACACCACAGCUGCAACCACAACAACCACAGAGGCACCAACGAAAACUACAGCUGGAGCAACAAUCACAAACAUCCCCACAACAACCACAGCUGCUCCCACAACAACUAUAGCUGAUGCAAUGACAACAGCUGCAGCAACAAGAGCGGAAGUUGUACCCACAAUAACCACAACUGCUGCUACAACAUCAAAAUAUUUACCAACGACUAAUACUGUGGAGACGACAACAACCACAGCUGCACCCACAACAACCACAUUGGCUAUGGCAACAACCACACCUGCUGCCACAUCAACAGAUGUGGCUACGACAACUACAGCUGUGACUUCAACAACAACAGCUGCACCAAUAACAGCCACAGCUGCUCCCACAACAAACAUAGUGGCUGCUAUGACAACAGCUGCGGCAACAACAAGUGAAGCCGUACCCACAACAACCACAACAGCUCCUACAACAACAACAGUUUUACCAACGACUAAUCCUGGUGCAACGACAACAGACACAGCUGCUCCCACAACAAACACAGCUUAUCUGACAAACACCACAGCUGCAACCACAACAACCACAGAGGCACCAACAGCAACUACAGCUGGAGCAACAAUCACAAACAUUCCCACAACAACCAUAGCUGCUCCCACAACAACCAUAGCUGAUGCUAUGACAACAGCUGCAGCAACAACAACGGAAGCUGUACCCACAAUAACCACAACAGCAAAAUAUUUACCAACGACUAAUAAUGCGGAGACGACAACAACCACAGCUGCACCCACAACAACCACAUUGGCUAUGGCAGCAACCACACCUGCUGCCACAUCAACAGAUAUGGCUACGACAACUACAGCUGUGACUUCAACAACAACAGCUGCACCAAUAACAGCCACAGCUGCUCCCACAACAAACAUAGUGGCUGCUAUGACAACAGCUGCGGCAACAACAAACGACAACAACCACAGCUGCACCCACAACAACCACAUUGGCUAUGGCAACAACCACACCUGCUGCCACAUCAACAGAUGUGGCUACGACAACUACAGCUGUGACUACAACAACCACAGCUGCUCCCACAACAAACACAACUUCUCUGACAAACACCAAAGCUGCAACCACAACAACCACAGAGGCACCAACGGCAACUACAGCUGGAGCAACAAUCACAAACAUUCCCACAACAACCACAGCUGCUCCCACAACAACCAUAGCUGA